AUGAAGCGGCGCAUCUCUGAGUCUGCAAUGUCUGCAGAUGGUGCUGACUUGGGCCCUGGCCCAGAGUCAGAGAAGCCUUGUGUUCAGGUGCCGGUGCCGGUGUGUGGUGCCGGCCCAGAACAGCUAGAGGACUCUGAGCGGAGCCCAUCCUCAUCGUUAUCCGAUGGAACCAGUAGAUUUGAGCCUGGUCCCAGAUCCUUCCUAGAGCUGUACCAGUGGCCAGAGCGGCUCCUGCUGACAUUAGCCCGUGGAGAGGCUGCAGAUGACUUGUUUCAGCAACUGGGGAAGUGCAGAGCGAUACUUCUGACAACUUCUUUUUCUGGUGUGGGCUCUGCUGAGGUUGCUGCUAGCAUUCUCGCUCAGCAUGUCGAGAGCAGUGGUUUAUGGAAACCUGGUUCCAUGUCCGUGUAUUCUGCUUGCGAGAUUGAUUCCAGGUGCCAGCAAGUUCUCAUGAGCCAUGUGGGAACCUGUGAGCCACGACAUCUUUUCAAAGAUAUCAUGGAGGUCUUGCCUUUUGAGGUGGAGAAGCAGAUGUCUGAGUUUUUGGAGAGGCUGCGCCGAGAGAGCCGAUCUCAGAAUUUUGAUGUACGUGCUUUGCGAGAUGAGGCUGUGCAAAAUCUGUCCGAGAGAUUUCACAGAUACAUCGAGCGCCUCCUGCCGGGAGUCGCCAUGCACGGGCAUGGCUUUUGCAUGAAACAUAUGCGUUCAUGCGCUCUGGCGCCCAACAAAGAAGAGCGUGAGGGCAAGCUUUGGGUGGAGGUGGCAGGAAGAGUUUACGGAAACCAGGAGAAUUUCCUACACGACACGGCCAAGACGUUGGUUGCAUGGGUCGCGAAGGUUCGUGCAUUUCUUCCAGAUGUGGCUAUUCAUGAAUGUGUGCCUGGAUUCCCCGCCGAGGUCCUGUCCCGAUACUUGAAUGCAGGGUUUCCUGAAAGCAAGCCGUUAUAUGAAGUGGCUUCUGUUGCCUGGGAUGUCCUUCACGAGGGCAUUCCAAUACACCGGGCACGCCGGUACACCGUCUGUGUGCUGGCCAAGCAUGGUCGGCCAAGCCUCCAUCUGGAGGAAGUUUGGGACAGACUUGUUUUCCGGAACCGGCUUAUCGGUUGUGAUGUGUUCCUGCGAGCACCAGCAGCAGACAUUGACGCUCUCAACCAGGACAUGGCAUCGAGGAGGCAGCUUCCUGCGAAGCGCAUCAAUUCCAGGGGUCAGGCUCGCAACUGGGCCUGGGAAGUGUUCCUGACGGCAAACCAAAGAACUGUGCUUUCGAAAGCUCAUGAAGCAGCUCAAGCUUUGGAAAUGGAUUGGUUGAGAGAGUGCCCCGAUGGCAUGCCAAUUUCCGAUGCAGGCCAGCCAUAUUUCCAAUGGCUGGUCAACCUUGCCCAGAGCUCUGCCUAUCAGCCCGCAGUUCGACCGAUGCAUGAGUCCUAUAUGAAUACACUCUUGCGUUCAAGCCGGCUGUUUGUUGAUUGCUUUGAUCGGCGGCACUCGCGGCCGGUCCACCCAUUCGAGGAGUUCCUUAUGCAAGGCCAUCCUGUGUAUCUGCCAGCCGGACACCACAUCCUCCAAGCUUGCAACAUGGAAAAGGUCCUUCGUUCUGCCCUGUCGAAAGGACUCCCGCUCAAAGAUCUGUACAGUAUGGCCGGGAACGGGAUGCACAUAAAUGCAGUGGGGGAAUUGCUGCUCUUUGUGUUGUCGCUCUAUGAGUGGCAACGGUGA